UUCAAGCUUGCACAUUUAUGAUGUCUCUUCGUCUCUUCUUUUCUCUCUCCAUCCCUGUUUCGUACUGACUCCGUCUUGUCAUCUUUGUUCUGUCUCAUGAUCUCAUGUCAGACAUACGUGCUCAUCUCGUUCAUUAUCUUUGUCUCUCUGGAUCUCACAUUCUUCACUCACGUAUCAUCCCUCUCUCCUCUCCACUCUCUGUUUCGCUGCUCAGUCUCUUGGAUUCCCCUCACUGUAUCCUGCAUUUACCCCCCCUUUCUGCUCACUGCGUCAGGGAUCAGCUACAGACUGAGAGGUCCUGAUCAGUGAUCGACGGUCCUAGUGAACGAACACCACCCUUGGCAAGCUGGCGUCAGCCCCUCCCAGCUGCCUCCAUGUAUCCUGAAUCUACCACAGACUCCCCCGCCCGCCUCUCCCAGAGACAGACCGGCUCCCCUGGCAUGAUCUACAGUGCUCGUUAUGGGAGCCCCAAACGACAGCUACAGUUCUACAGAAACCUUGGGAAGUCUGGCCUGCGGGUGUCCUGCCUUGGAUUAGGGACAUGGGUGACAUUCGGUGGACAGAUCACGGAUGAGAUGGCGGAGCAGCUGAUGACUCUGGCCUAUGAAAAUGGCAUCAAUCUGUUUGACACAGCGGAGGUCUACGCUGCCGGGAAGGCAGAGGUGGUGCUUGGAAACGUCAUAAAGAAGAAAGGAUGGAGACGUUCAAGUCUGGUGAUAACUACAAAGAUCUUCUGGGGUGGAAAAGCAGAAACUGAAAGAGGUCUAUCCCGAAAACACAUUAUAGAAGGUUUAAAAGCCUCCCUAGAAAGACUGCAAUUAGAAUACGUGGAUGUGGUUUUUGCAAACAGACCGGACCCCAACACACCUAUGGAAGAGACUGUUCGAGCAAUGACUCAUGUCAUAAAUCAGGGCAUGGCCAUGUACUGGGGAACCUCCCGCUGGAGCCCCAUGGAAAUAAUGGAGGCGUAUUCGGUUGCACGACAAUUCAACCAGAUUCCCCCCAUCUGUGAGCAGGCUGAGUACCACAUGUUCCAGAGGGAGAAAGUGGAGGUGCAGCUGCCGGAGCUCUUCCAUAAGAUAGGCGUGGGGGCCAUGACGUGGUCUCCGCUGGCCUGCGGGAUCAUCUCAGGGAAAUACGACGGCAGGGUGCCUCCCUACUCCCGGGCAUCUCUGAAGGGCUACCAGUGGUUGAAGGACAAGAUCUUGAGCGAGGAGGGCCGUCGUCAGCAGGCGAAGUUGAAAGAGCUGCAGGCAAUCGCGGAGCGGCUGGGCUGCACUCUGCCCCAACUCGCCAUCGCGUGGUGCCUACGGAACGAGGGGGUGAGCUCUGUCCUUUUAGGGGCGUCCAACACCGACCAGCUCAUGGAGAACAUAGGAGCAAUUCAGGUUCUUCCAAAGCUGUCGUCAUCCAUCACACACGAGGUGGACAGCAUCUUGGGGAACAAGCCGUACAGUAAAAAGGACUACCGCUCUUAGCGUGCGGCACAGCGCCGCGCCGCAGGGCUGCACCCGGCCUGCUGCCGCAGUGCCCCACACCUUUGCCUGAUCCUCUGUUUGCUUGAGCUUUUACUGAGUGAGACCCUGGCGCAUGAGUCUGGCCACACCACGGCCACGCAGGGCACCUCAUUUAGUUACAGGGAUAAGAUAAGAAGAAGGGGGGAGAUUGAGAGAAAAAAUAAGUAAGACCUACACAGGACAAGAUGGGAUUAACAAAGAAAGGCAGAAGCGGAAAAGAAUACGCGCUCAUACGUUAAUCAGUUAUACAUUAAAUCCAGCUAAAAAUAUUUUAAAAUCAUAGAGAAAAAUUAGAAAAGUUUCUUUUAAAAACAAAAACAACAAAAAAAAAAAGCACAUGCUUGCUUGGCAGCCAGGUUUCCUUUCUCUUUUCUUUUUUUAUUUGCUCUUUUUUCUAAAAUGGAAUGCAACUAAGACGAAGUUCAUGUCUGAAUAAACGAUGCUAUCGUUGCACAUGUACCAUAGCCAUGCAUUUGUUCCAGAGACGUUCUGUUUACAAACACUUGUGUACUGUAAAAGUCCGUCGAGGUUACUCAGAAAGUUUGUGUUGUGGAAACUAGCGACGCCCUGGUGGGCCUCAAGAAUCAGCACUUUAGUACUGUCAGUAAAGGGUUGGGAGGGCAGUUAAGGGAGGGAGAGGAUGGCUAUGAACACAGUCCUGUCUCACAACCAUUGCACUAUAAAAUCACAUCGCCUCUUCGAUUCCCUCUCCUCGUCCUCCCUCUGCGUCUUCACUGGCAGUGCGUUUGUCCAGCCUAAUGCUCCCACUCUCCCGCCGUCCCACUGUGGUCGAGAGCUCAACGAGAACGACUGCCGUCUGCCGGAGAAGGUCAAUCAUCUGCCGUGACAGAGCCGAGGAGCUUAGGGUUGCCCGGGCGACUCGUCUGCCACUGAAGAGAUGAGCUGUCAAUAUCAUCCCCAACAGCAGGCGCCGCCGCCGCUGUCGUAGCGCCCUGCUUCACUGUGUUUCCCAAACAGCUGCCUUUGGCUCUUCGGGCUGGGAUUCGGCGGCAACGGGGGGUGGGUGGGGGGGAUAUCGAUCACAUCUCACGGAAACCUCUCCUUGAUCAGGUUUUGUUCAAGAAUUUUUGCCUUAUUUACAGUUACAUCAAACUGUGUUUCGGGCGUUGGUGUAGACGAGCAGGUUGGACAGCUCAGGGAACGCAGCCGGUGGUUUAAGGAGGUCAUAUUUAGUCGUCUUGAGUCUCGCGUGGAUACUGGGGAGGACCAGUGACUUUUUAAGGUGGCUUGAGCCAAAGAUCUUCCUCUUUUUUCUCAUCUCUCUUAGCCAACACACUCCAGCUUUUCACUCACUUCAAUUUCUGCAAGAUUAUUAAAGUAAUCUUGAAGCAUGUGCUGUCCAGCUUAUCUAUUUAUGAUGAUGACUUUACUCCAUAUAUAUCUUUACCUGACCAAGCUCUUAUACCAGUUAACAAAUACGUCUUUCAUAUACAGAAUGCAUAGGAGCGAUAAGGUUUGCGUUUGGCAGCAGACAGCCUGACACAUUAGUAUUACUGCAGAGGUUAGGACGGCGCCCGCAUCAUUCUUUGUCCUUUGGGUGCUCUCUUACUGUGAUUAAAGCACAAGUGGAUAGCAUGCGAUACAUCGUCAGAGCAUGGACCUUCUUCACUCAGCCUCCGGUACCUACGGGACAAGCAAGGUGACGCUUCUCAGCUUACAAACGUGUAGAUAAGGAAUCUUUACAGAUGAUAAAAACCUUGAUUCUUAGCAGAAACAAGUAUUAGUGCAAAUGAGCUGUAGGAGCUUCUCAUCUGAAGUGAGAUUUGUGAGGUUUACAUUCUGCUUCGAUAUUACUCGUAGGUUAUUUUUAAUAGCAGCAAAGUGGUUUAAGGUCUCUGCUCAUGACCUUAUGUGUACACGUGUGUGUGUGUUUGGGGGGACAACUAAACUAAUCCCAUGCUUAAGCCUGUUGUAUUAGUUGAUCCCUGUUUAAAAUGAAUACAUUGUGUCUUGUAUGUUUUGAGUAAAUGGCAAAAGCGGAUGAAGGUGAGGAAAAAAAACAAGCCAACUUCAUUUGUCUGAGUUCUUGUGUCUUGAUAUUUUCAUUUGUAGGGAGCGGAGAAAAAGUCUGAGACUUAAAAUGGACAGCGUAACAUUUUGGAGAAAAAGUGCUUCUUUUAUUUCUUGCUGAAAAUUAAAUUGCGACCUCUGCGAUAUCUGCCUGCUCAAGACGAGCCGAGGCGCAGCUCAGCACAAAGACCAGAACCCGUCUGCAGCCAGACGCACCCGUUCCUCAGUGAAUACUGAAGGACUCGUUUGUUUUCAUCCACACAAAAACAGGGAAAAUAACGAUUCACAGUUUGAAGGAAGUUUUGUUUCGGGUGUGUUUAUGCUGGCAAACGUUGUGUAACAACAUUUGGAUUUUCACUCCUCUUUAAAGUUUGGUGUCCACUGGAGUAGAUGCAAAUUUCCAACAGAAUCCAGCUGCUGCACUUCAGGCCUCAGGCUCCUCAU